AUGGCAUUCCGGCCAACGUUUGUUCAGAGACCUCCAGUUCCAAUCGCUGAGUCUUCUUUUACAGGACCUUUCGUUAGAGGAGAUACGAAAUCUCAUGCUGGGACCAGAGCAUACAAGCGUCUGCAUUACCCUACUCAGGAGCAAGCUCAUCCAAGAGUUUUACUUGUACAGUCUCACUCGCACCUUCAGACUUGUCCGAGGCCACUGACACUAGCGAUGUUUCUCAGGCAGCGGGUCAUCUCAGUGGAGGAGAAGUCGAUCCGCCGACAGUCGUUCCAUCUUGAUCAAGGAUCAGACAAGCAUAUCUUCCCGCUGUUCUCCUCAGUCAACUUGUCGCCCAGCUCAAACCAUGUAAAGAACACCUUGCCAACUCGUCCCAACAGCUCCACCACGACUCCUCGCAUCCUCAAGACUCGCCCCAAAGAUGUGCCAUCGGCUCCGGCAGAGAGCCCAGCUGGCAGUUUCCAAGCAAAGGCCGACUUUGUGUGGUGGGCACCUCCCAGCAUCCUCCCGCCGUCCAACCUCAACUGCUGUGAGUCCCCGCAAAAGAUCACGUUGCCUGCCGAGGAGAACCCCAAGAGGCACAGCCAGGAGAGUCUCGCCAUGGACAGCGCAAGAACGCCAGAGAAGGCUUCCAGUAUCACCGGGAAGAGCCCUUCCAACAAGUUCCGCAAGGAGGACUUGACGGCGCUCUUCGACAUGAAGGAUUGGAUGAAGAUGCCGCGCGUGCCCAUCCAGGACUCACCCCACGAGAUUGAGAUGCGCCUGAUGCAGCUCAACACCGUGAUGAAAGAGACAGAAGGGGAAAAGAAGGACCUGGAGAGCCGAUUCAAAUAUGCAAACGCCGCCAGGAUCGUGUCGACACUCAAGACCCCUAUGGAACAGCAUGCCCCCCCGAAGGCCCCCAUGCUCUUUCCUCCCACGCUCUCUCCUCCCACGCUCUCUCCUCCCGUGAUCUAUUCUCCCAUGAUCGCUCCUCCCGUCAUGUCUUCUCCCGCGAUCUCUUCCCCGACGUCCUUCCUCCAAGACGAAUCCAAGUUGAGACCUGCCCUGGUCUCUCCCCCUCAUCAGAACGGAGGUCACGUGUACAUCCACAAUCGCAGCAUCUUCUAUGAAGCUUCUUGA